AUGCCCCUCAUCAGCUCUCCAAUGAACAACAGCUUUGAGAGGCAUUCAAGCAGGGCUGUGAUCUCAUCAAAUGAGCUCAAAAAACCAGCUCAUCAAGCACCCUCUGCCACUCGUUCUCGUUGUCAUGAAGCUGUCAAUGACAAUCAAGACCCUCCAACCUGCAUGAGCUUUGCUGCCAAGUUUGGUGACCAUGAAGCUCAAGAUAUCUAUAACCUCACCCUCUGGGCAAAAAAGAUAUUCUUGGCAGAGGCUACCUAUGAUAAACCCCCAGAGAUGGCUGCCUUUGACCAUGUUCCAAAGAAAUUCAUUCAUGUCCAUAUCCCUACUAAGGAGGCUCUCAGUGAUGCUGGUGACCACCAUCAAGUCAAUACUUCCCAGGGUUUUGCAACAACUUUCCUUUGCCAUGACGAGGAUGAUGAAUUUAUCACCUACCCUCCCAUUACUGACAUCCUUCACGAAAUGGAUGUCAUGAUGCCACUUUUGCAUAUGUCCCAAUAUAAGGAUGAUCUCCUCAAUCAUGGGGUCACAUAUGUCAAUAAUGUGAUUGGCCUAUCAGAUGAGUUUUUUGUUGAUGUUGUUGGUAUGCCCAUGGGUGUCAUUCAGUCAUUCCUGAAAGUCACUCAUUGA